AUGCGAACGUAUACAGACCACUUAGCUGUCGCAAUAUAUGAUGCUCAAAAGGCAGACUCCCUCGGGUCUUCUGCUCAUGGUAUACUCAUGGCUGAUGGAGUAGGCGGAGUGUGGGUAGAACAUACUGUACCAGAUCUUAUAAACUUUGAACGCGGUCGUCCAUUAUUUCCUGACGAUGAGAGUCCAAACGGUCAUUCGUUUAUGUGUAUGUCAGUAGAUUUAAAAACAAUAAACCAAAUUGCAAAGUAUUUGAAACAUACUUCGCCGUAUAUCAAACAUUUCCGCGUACCGAAGCAUUUGGUUCGUCUAUUACCGGAGUGGGACUUUCAUACCCCUAUUAUGACUUCGAUCCCAGAAAAACCCUUAAAAUUCACCACAGAAGACAACACCCUAAAGGCUGAACUUCUUGUUAAACCACCAGAAGAUAAACGCUGCUUGUACACAUCCUUUGCUCAAUCCAAGGGAAUAUUUCUAGACGUGUAUGGACAAACGGAUAGUGAUUAUUUGACAACGAUAUGUGGGAAACGCUAUGGAAUUCGCAACAUAGAAAACAUAUCGCUUAAGUUGCCAGAACGCGUCUAUUACUUUUAUAAUAUGACCGAACGAAUGAGGUUUGCCGUCAGCACGGCAGCGCAUUGGCAGAGACUUGGUUCUGGUCCAAUUCAAUAUUGGACUUGUCUGAGUAAUUUGGAUAAAGAAGACAAGUCAGGGAUGGCAGGACAUCUGCUCUGCUUCAACAGUUAUGAGGUGUGGGUGACGUUUGAUAAUUUGAAAAUAAAGGAGCCGCAAUGUUGA